AUGGCCUGCAAGCGGGGGUGCUCGGAUAGUCAGACCAAGUGGGUACUUUUCAGCAGUUUCAGUGUGGCCCUGGUGUUCACCAUUGGGAUGGUCCUGAGCUUUACCCUGCAAAAGAGCACCCAGCCAGGCUGUGAGCCGGACUCCGCCUGCCGCCCUGACGCGGACAUGCUGGACUACUUGCUGAGCCAGGGUUGGAUCAGCCACAGGGAUGGCCUGCUGGUCACCUGGUACCAUGCUGCCAACAGCCAGGCAGCAAUGAAGGCUGCCCUAAGCAGUGACGUCAUGGUCCUGGAGGCGGAUGUCACAGUGGAAGGGCUCAACACGGCCAAUGAGACAGGGGUCCCCAUCAUGGCACAUCCCCCAGACAUCUACAGCAAUAACACGCUGCAGCAGUGGCUGGAGACUGUGCUGGCCUCUUCCCAGAAGGGCAUCAAACUGGACUUCAAGAGCAUCAAAGCCUUGGGCCCCUCCCUAGACCUCCUGCGGCAGUUCACAGAGAACGGGAGAGUACGGAGGCCUGUGUGGAUCAAUGCCGACAUCCUGAGGGGUCCCAAUAUGCCCAUCUCAAUCGAGGUCAAUUCCACAAGGUUCCUGGCCCUGGUCCAGGAGAAGUAUCCUGAGGCCACCCUGUCUCCUGGCUGGACCACACUCUACGUGCCCCUGACCUCGAACAGGACAUACACGUGUGCCAUGGUGGAGGAGAUGCAGGCACUGGUGGGAGCACUACCGCAGAGGGUCACCUUCCCUGUGCGAGCCAUCAUGGUGCGGGCUGCCUGGCCCCACUUCAGCUGGCUGCUGGGCCAAUCUGAGAGGUACAGCCUGACACUGUGGCAGGCUGCCUCGGACCCCCUGUCAGUGGAAGAUCUCCUCUACAUCCGGGACAACAGCGCCACCCACCAAGUCUACUAUGACCUCUUUGAGCCUAUCCUGUCACAGUUCAAGCAGCUUGCAGGGAAUGCCACCCGGAAGCAAAUCUACUACACAGGGGGCAGCCUGAUCCCUCUCCUCCAGCCCCCCAAGGGUGAUGGUCUGGGUGUGGAGUGGCUGGUGCCUGGUAUCCAGGGCAAUGGGAGAACAGCAACAGUUACACUCCCAGACAGAGAAGGCUUGAUCCUGCUGAACACUGGUCUCCAGGAACCUGCAGCCGGGGACCCCGUGCCCAUCGUACACUUCCCAGGGGGACCUGCCCUGACACUGGAGUCCUGCCUGCUGCAGCUCGCCACACGCCCUGGACACUGGGGUAUCCACUUACACAUAGCAGAGCCCACAGCCCUCCGGCCAUCUCUGGCCAUGCUGGCCCGUCUCUCUACCCUGGGCCACCUGCGUCGGCCUGUGUGGGUCGGGGCCACGCUCUCCCAUGGGAGUUUUGCGGUCCCUGGCCACGUGGCUGGCAGCGAGUUUCUUGCAGCUGUGGCUGAGGUGUUCCCCCACGUGACAGUGGCCCCCGGCUGGCCUGAGGAUGUGCUGGGCAGUGGCUACAGGGAACAGCUGCUCACAGAUAUGCUAGAGCUGUGCCAGGGGCUCUGGCAACCCGUGUCCUUCCAGCUGCAGGCAAGGCCUCUGGGCCACAGCAUGGCUGGAGCCGUGACAAGGCUGCUGGCAGCCUCCCCCCGGGCCACUGUCACGAUCGAGCACAACCCAGCCGAGGGAAACUAUGCAGCUGGGCGGGCAGGGCUGCUAGCAGCCAGGGCUGUGGACAGAACCCGGGUCUACUACAGACUGCCCCAGGAUUUCCGAGAGGACUUGAUGGCAGACAUUGGCAGAAACUGA